AUGAUAAAAUUUGCGCUGGCGCUAUUCCUAGUGGGAUGCGCAAAUGCACAAUCAUCAACGCUUUGCGUUGGCCAGCCGCAAUAUCGGUUUGUAGCUCAUGAAACUGAUUGCUGGAGAUACUACACCUGCGUCGAUGGGCAAGCCUUUCUGCAAGAAUGUCCGGAUCCGUUUGUAUUCGUAGAGUCAACGCAAAUGUGCGAUUUUGGCGAUCGAAACGCAUGUGUCACGUGUCCUGCACAAGGUAUUCAAAACUUCCCAGUUGCAAACUCUUGCACCAAGUUCAUCCAAUGUAUCGAGGGAUCACAGUUUCAACGUGAAUGUCCAGCGGGAACUCAGUUCGACGCGAGUGUGGGGCAAUGCAACAUUGCAUCGGUUGUUGGAUGUGUUGAUCUAGACUGUCCUGCCCAAGACGAUCCCAACAAUCCUGUAUUUAAACCAGAUCCGACGGACUGUCAGAUAUACUACAUCUGUCUUAACGGAGAAGGAGUAAAACAAACAUGCCCCCCACAAACACGGUUCAACCCAGCACUCGGUGUUUGCGAUCUACUAGCAAAUGUUCCAUGCCCCAACGCUACCCAAAGCUACGAGGGUACCUGCACCGGCAAUCAGAUAUUUGAUAUAACAUCCAAAUCCUGCGGACCAGUCAAACAAUCAACGUGUAUCCGCGACGUCGAGUCGGCACCGCAACUGCCCCCAUCUCCAGCGCCUGCAACGCCUUCGUCACCCAUCGCAUCUCCACCUUCUUCGCAUCUUAAUAACCCAUGUCGUACCACACUUAGCCAAGGCUGUCCAGAGCUGAGAGCAUGUUUUCCAAAUACAACAGUUACAGUGACAUGUGCAAGCAGCACCACUCCAACGUGGAUUGCUGAGGCGAGUGAAAUUGAUUGCAGUAUUUUUAAUUAUUGUUUUAACGGAAUCGGUAUUCAAAUGUGCUGCCCAAUUGGCAUGUAUUUCAAUCCAAUUUUGUCGGCAUGCGACGAUCAAAUCAAUGUAGAUUGUCAAAUUGAACCCUUACCCUGUCCCGAAACGACAACGAUAGACGUGUCAUCGACUACGGUAGUAACUGGUACUGAAGAUACAACUGUUACAGACAUAACAGUCACUACAACACCAAUUGACACUGAAGAAACAACAACUGACUUACCAAAUACAACGACAGAAAAUGGAAACGAAGAAACUACAACAAAUACCGAAGAAGAAACUACAUCCUCAAUCACAAAUGAUGAUACUACAACUCAAGAAAACAUUACAACCGAUUUAACAAGUGAAAGUGUAGAAGACACCACUACCGAAACCGAAAAAACUACAACUGUUUCCCAGGAACCAAAUUUGGAUGCUCUAUGCGCGGCUCAACCUUCCGACUCGUUUGUUGAGUUGCCCUACCCGGGUGAAUGCACUAAGUAUGUGUUGUGUGAGAAUCAACAGUACCUUGGAACGGAAACAUGUCCAGCUGGAUUGCAGUUCAACCCUACAUUAUCAGUGUGUGAUUCACCAGAUCAUGCGGAAUGCUUAGAUUAUGUUUGUAAAAAUAACCCCGAUGGAAGCCAAAUUGAAUUCGAAAGUCGUAACUCUUGCCAAAUGUAUUUUAUUUGCAUUGGUCAUACUACAAUCGUACGUUUCUGUGCACCUGGUACUAUCUAUGAUUCUGAAAAUCGUUGGUGUUCAAUUGAUGAUGCCGAUUAUCCAUGUGAGCGUGAGCGGCCACCGCCUCCACCAGAAUCAGUUAUAGUGCAGUGCACCGAGGACACAAAUUUGAACAAAAUCAUACAUCCUACAUUGUGUGACGUUUAUUAUCGAUGCCUCAGUGGCCAACUGUGGGUUCGUCAAUGCGCAUCUGGACUAUUCUUCGAUCCUCUUCGGCAACAGUGUAAUCUAGAAGAAGUAGUUUCUUGCGAAAUGCCGUAG